AUGGAAUACACCAGCAAGACCCAGCUGUACCAGAAGGUGAAGAAGCCCCUGCUGGAACGCCAGCGAAGGGCCCGCAUGAACAAGUGCCUGGACAACCUGAAAACACUUGUCGCCGAUCUGCGCGGCGACGAUGGCAUCCUGCGGAUGGACAAGGCCGAGAUGCUCGAGUCGGCGGUGAUCUUCAUGCGGCAGCAAAAGUCGCACAAGAAGGUGGUGCAGGAGGAGAGGACCUCCCUCCCCCUGGACAGCUUCAAGAACGGCUACAUGAACGCCGUCAACGAGGUGUCACGUGUCAUGGCCUCCACACCUGGCAUGAGCGUCGACCUGGGCAAGUCGGUGAUGACUCACCUGGGACGCAUCUACAAGAACCUACAGCAGUUCCACGAGGCCCAGACCGAGUCCCAACAGAGCGCCAUGGACUGCUCCUCAAUGGACAAGGCUCCCCUUAGCCCCGCCUCCUCGGGAUAUCACAGCGACUGCGACAGCCCCGCCCCCUCGCCACAGCCCCUGCAAGAACAGCCCCUGUGGCGCCCCUGGUAA